CGAGUAGCUGGCGGUCCGGGAGGCUGCCGCGCCGUGCGCCCGGAGGAGGGUCGAGGCAUCCCCCGCCGCCGCCGCCGCAGGAGCCCCUCGGGCCGGUAGUAAGCACUAACGAUGUCUUUCAUCUUCGAGUGGAUCUACAAUGGCUUCAGCAGUGUGCUCCAGUUCCUAGGACUCUACAAGAAGUCCGGAAAACUUGUAUUUUUGGGUUUGGACAAUGCAGGGAAAACCACUCUUCUACACAUGCUCAAAGAUGACAGACUGGGCCAGCACGUGCCGACAUUACAUCCGACGUCGGAGGAGCUGACCAUUGCUGGAAUGACGUUCACCACUUUCGAUCUUGGUGGGCACGAGCAAGCACGUCGGGUUUGGAAAAAUUAUCUCCCAGCGAUCAAUGGGAUUGUUUUCCUGGUGGACUGUGCAGAUCACCCUCGCCUCAUGGAAUCCAAAGUGGAGCUUAAUGCUUUAAUGACUGAUGAAACAAUAUCCAACGUGCCAAUUCUUAUCUUGGGCAACAAAAUUGACAGGACAGAUGCAAUCAGUGAAGAAAAGCUCCGUGAAAUAUUUGGGCUUUAUGGACAGACCACAGGAAAGGGCAACGUGACCCUGAAGGAGCUCAACGCCCGCCCCCUGGAAGUGUUCAUGUGCAGCGUGCUCAAGCGGCAAGGCUACGGCGAGGGCUUCCGCUGGCUCUCGCAGUACAUUGACUGAUGCUCGGACAGUGGCAAGAAAAGAGUCUGACUUCUCUGGACUGAUCCUAUUCGCAGCUUCCUCAUGAACUUUUCUGAUAGAACACGGAAAGCGCUCCCGCCGCGUCUGUCUGGCGCUGAGAGGCCGAGAGGCCGUGUCCGCGCGCUCCUUGCCCAGUGGUGACAUGUGCUCUUCUCUACGCCGGUGGGAAGCGAUGCCCCCCGUGUGUGGACAGGCCAGCCUCCCACCCCACCCACCCCUGCUCCCCGGACUCGGAAGCCGUCAGGAUUUGCCGGGUCAAGCUGUGUGCUGCCACGGGGCACCUGGGAAGAAAAACACGUCUCACCACUGCGGUUGAUUUCAAAAGAAAGUGAUUCUAUUUUUUAAAGAAAGUGUGGUCAAUAUAAUUGGUGUCCCUCCUAACUUUUUAAGUUAAUAUACUUGGUCCAGAGCUUUCUGUUCUUUUCUUUUCUUUCUUUCUCCUUUUUUUUUUAAAACUUAGCAGAAGACAUUUAGAUCAGAAAAUUAUGCACAGGUCUUUGUGAAGGCAGGACUCAGUGAAGUGGGUCCUGUUGAGCUGGCAGGUGGAGAGAGACCCGCCUUCCCUCCAUCCAUGUGGCAGCCCAGAGGACUAGCAAAGGGCUGGAUGCUGGGGUGGCCGUUGGAGCUGUCCUCCCGCGGGGUAGGGCAUUUCUCAUCAUGAAGGUGUUGCAGACCUCGCCUCAGCGGAGGCUGGGAGUGAGCGCUUGCUGUCUUGACCUAUCAAGUUCCAGAUUUCAGCCAGUCUUCGCUUUGGUAGGGUUGGGAUUCCAUUUCUCCCUGGCCCCUCUUUUCAUGUUCAGCUCUAAGCAGUGAUUUUUGCCUCCAAAAGAAUUGAGGGUGUCCUGUGUCAUGGUACCCUGUGGAUGUGUCUGUUACUUUCGCCAAUUUGAGGAGAAUUUUUUCCUGACGAAGAGUCAUAGAACACAAAAUCAACAAUUUAUGGGCUCUUAAUCCUGUGAGUCAAGAACUUAAAAAUCUGGGACCGUAGCAUUUGACUCUAGGCCCAAUCUACUUAGCGGGCUUUCAAAUUCCCGGUUACAGAACUGGGCCUGUUAAUUGAGCAUUCGUGAGCUCUGUCUUUACAUUGAUUUUCAAUUUUCUGUUGUUUGACGUUAACCUCUGUAGCUUUUCCAGAUUUUUUCCCUCCCUUUUUGUAUGAAGUUGCCUUUCCCCAUUCCAGGAAUAAGCUGGGAAAACGUCUUUGAUUUUGUGUAGCGCUGUUCCUUUUGAGCAAUUUUCACUUCGUGUCAGUAAGCUCCCGCUGUAAUAGCCCAGUACCCCUAGUAGCAUGAGGAUUAUUUUUAUAGCACUGCAUUUUCUUAAUGCCCUGUGUGAAGCUGGAUUUUGCAUGAUCUUCACCAACAUUCCACCCUUGUAAAUGUUGAGGCGACAGAAGGUGGUUGCAAGGUGGAAGGGUUUCUUCAUUCAGUUUCCUGUUCAUGAAAGGCUAGAGUUCAUUUGCUCAGAAUUGGAAACUGGAGUGAUCAGUGCUUAUUUGCAGAGGGUAGAGCUAACAGCAUCAUCGCAUCAUCCCAGUCUCCUUAAAUGCGAGGGUCCAAACCCUGGAUAACAUUCCUGGAAUGGGAGAGAAUUCUUCCGUCAACUUCUUAAGGUUACUUGGUUCUGACCUCUGUGAAAGUGCAUUAUUGCCACUGCCAGGUUCCAAAUCCAGAGGCUCAGUGAAGUAUAAGUCUGGGGGAAACGCCAUUUCAUUUAUUAGCAAGCGUUGCUGUCGUAAGACAAAAUCUGUUGGUUUAGGAAGUGGUUCAAGCCUUAAGUAAACACAGCUAGUGGUGAGUGGACUAGAGCAUUAAUUUGCAUACUUUGGAUUAUUUUGGCUAAAGGUAAGCUGUAUUUCUCAUCCUGAGAUUUGAGAAGUAUGAUUGCUUCAGUGUUGCUUUCUUGUUUCUGUUCCUUGUUCCAUAUCACUUUGUAGCGAACUAGGCAACUAUGGAUUCUACACAGGGCAGCUCUUUGUGAAAGUGGCUCAUUUUGGCCACUGGAGAAAGAGUAGAUUGAAAAGUCAAGUCACAUCAGUCAUUUCUUGCCCCACAGAAAACAUCGUUCCUAUCUCUAAUGGCAGAAACACGCUGCUGUGAGGAAGUUGACUCCUAAUAGGACCAGAGCUUGGGAUAGAAACUCCCAUGAAUCGAGAAUUUUCAUUCUGUUUUAUCAGAGUGCAUAUAUGUCCUAUUUCAGGAAAAGCAAAAGUCAUUUACAAAAGAAAAUCUGUAUCCUAAGCAUUUUAAUAAAAAGUUGAAACAA